GUUUCAUUGCAAUCUGCUCAAUCAGGUAGAACACGCUUUGUUUUAGUUCUCUUGAGCAUGGUAUAAGGGUUUUAAAACUAGAACAAUUUAUUUGUGGCAAAGCUAUCUUUGCUCACUAAGUUCGUCUAUAAAAGUCCAGAAAUCCGAGUCUGAAAUACCCGGAAGAAUUAGCAUGCAAAAUAAGGCAACUAGUAUUUGAAACGCAUGGAAAAGAAUAUGUGAAGCCUUAGUUUAAGCCCAAGUUGGUUUGCUUUAUAGUGCGCUUCACAUUUCCAAAUUCGGCUUUUACUCCAUUACACACUGAACACUGAAACUAUUUAUAAAUCCAGUCGCAUUUCGAGACAAGAAAAACACACUAACGAAAAGUCGACCACAAAAACCUGACUAAGUAUUUGUGUUGUUGGGAUGGGGGACGUGGACAUCAGCUGCCGGUCGCCGACCGAGUGUCCUCUGUGCUACGAGAGCUACAGUCAGGAGGGGGAGUACCAGCCACGCAUGAUCAUACCAUGUGGCCACACAGUGUGCUACACGUGUAUAAACAGACUAGCCCAACAGCCGGUCAUGAUGUGUCCCAUAUGUCGCAAAAAAUGUCCAUCCAGACUGAUUAACGAGGGUGGUUUCCCAAUCAACUACUUGGCCAUAACUCUGUUGGAGAGUCAGAAGAAGGACCGAGUGAGUACUCUGCAGGCCAAUGGAGGAGGAGGGGAUUCCAAUGCUAGCAGGUGCAGCAGCAACUCAGACGUUACAUGCAAGUCUCCCAAACUGGGAAGAGCUAAGAGUUUGAACAAGGACAACUCGAAGGGAGGCAACGUGUGCAGUGAGUGCAAGAAGACGACUGACAGACUGAGCUACUGCUUCCAUUGCGCCAGUGCAGUGUGUGAGGACUGCCGCUCUCAACACACAGAGGGCGUGGUCAAGGACUUGGAGAAACAGAACAACACACUCCAAGAACAGAAGCGUCUGAUGGUGAAGAAGAUAGAGGCUGUACAGCGGAUGAUCUCCACUCUGGACGACAACUGUGCCGAAACUGAAAACGACAUAGACGACAACUUCACUAUCAUACAACACGAGGUUUCGGAGGCGAAGUCUCGACUGGUUGACAGUCUGAACCAGAAGUUCUCUAAGGAGAAGCAGCGCCUGCAGAACCACUGCGAGACUCUCACUGACGCACUGGAGAAGGCGGGAUCCUGCGAACUACCAGAGAUCAUGGACAAAAACAUCAAAGACAUCACAGGCAACGAGAUCGCACUUUUAUGCGAGCAAGCGAUGGACCUGUUGGUGAGCUCUCGAAACCUUCGCUUCGCCACGAAGAGCGUCAAGAUGCGCCACUGCUCCUUCAACUUCGCCCACGGGGAGAAACUUGCCACUAUCAGAACUGCUCUACAGAAAUUCGGAUCUAUCAAAGUGCAAACAAGACAGCCGAAGCCGGAACAAUGGGACCCUGAAGACGACGAGAUCUCGGACGGUGGCGAUGGAGUUGGGGCUGGGAGUAGAGUGGACUCUUUGAGUGGUAUCCUGUCCAACAGUGCCUCUCUAGAGGACGGACUCAGUGAAGGGGAGGAGGAUGACAGCAUAGUCAAUGGCAGACGCAACGCUAAAGGUGGCUCUAACAGACGCAGAGGAACCACAACAACUACUGACAGAGGUGAUUCGGACGACUCUGUAUCGGAUAAAGACGACGCUGCAUUGGGUCGACCACUGGAUCGCUACGCCCAGAGAUCCGCCUCUGUUUUCCUACCUGCCACUUCUCCGGGGAGAGCCAAAAGCUACAUCGGCAGCAGUUCCUCGUACGGAGCAGGAAGUGGGGGAGGGGGCUCGAGUGCCUCCAAGUCGUCAGGAGGAGGAGUGAAAAGCAAAGUGAGAAACAAGUUGGUCAAACAACAGAGUGGAAAUGAUAAGAUCUUGAGGGCUUCAUCUCUAGGUCGACUGGACACUUUCAGUGAUGAUGGAAUGAGUGAUGUCAGUCGCAAGAACAGUGUCUCAGGGGGUGGUUCUCUGAUAGAGCAGCACAACACUCCCCCAGUGCAGAACUAUGCCACUUUGAGGGACAAGUACGAGGCAAUCAGGGGCCCAGUCAGCAGCCUCAUUUACAGAGACAGCCCAUCAAAAGGUCACGUGCUAGAUGUGGUUGCAAGAUACCGGUCUAGUGGGUUUGUGGUUGCCGACAACAACGAGUACCAAAUACGGGCAUUCAACUCCAACUACCACUUGUCAGCUCACUUCUCCUUCCGACUGGGGGAGGAGGACGUGCCCUUCAUCUCGGGCAUAGCGGCCACCUCCGACAAGAUAUUCCUCUUAGUGGACAGCAAGAACAAAUACGUGCGCGUGUUCGACAGGAAAGGUUCCUUUAUCCGGGAGAUAGGCAAGGACCUGUUCCAGAGACCCAAAGAUGUCUGUACCGAUGAUGUCGAGAUAUUCGUCACUGACUCGGGUGCCAGCUGCAUACAGGUGUUUGACAUGCAAGGGAAGCACCUGCGCACCCUCGGCGGUCCCGGGUCAGCCGACGGGGAGUUCCUGUGGCCUGCCGGGAUGAAGAUGACAACAGAGGGCAAACUGGUGGUGUGUGACUGCAACAACAACCGCAUCCAGUACCUGACCAAGGACGGCGAACACAUUCAGAACAUCAGUUCCAUUUAUGGAACCUACUCUGCAUUACGACCUACAUGUGUAGAUCUAGAUCGAGAAAACAACGUCGUCGUUCUCUUCAGCGAAAGCAGACGAGUGAAAAUUUACAACAAAGACUUGAAUGUCAUGCAUGAUUUCAGAGUGGACGAUGAGUUAAAUUCAGUGGCCGUUACAUCCGACGGACUGAUUGCUUUGGUUGAUGGUUCGAAGAGUGGAAAGUGCUUCAUUUACUAACAGUAAAUUAAAAUUAUAGGACUCUAAUUUGCAUUUAAUAAACUAUUACU